AGCCUCCUCCUUCCUCCUCCUUAACAAACUGGUCAGCAGUGCAGGGAUUAGGAAAGCCAGCCUCCGCUCAGUCAUUAUAGACACAUUCUAGAGAUCGAAACAAACGUGAGUCAUGGUCGGCGUCAUUUUUGCAGACUGGGAGCGAAGCCGAAAUUGUGAAAGAUACGGAUAAUCCCAGGAGGAGGAGGAGAGGUGGACUGAGUCUCGCUCCCAGGUCUCUUUCCUUGUGGAAAAUGCCUCUUCAGGGACCCGCCGCGUUAUGCCGCCCACCUCUCAUGUGUUUUAUUUUAAAGAACAAGCAGUGAGCCGGAGAAGCCUGAUAAGAGCCGCAUAAAAAGGCAGAACACCAAAGGGCGCGUGGGAUAUUUCUAAUAAAGUGCGCGGAUUUUUUUCUCCUCGUGCGUAAAGAAGAAGGAAAGAAAAAAAAGUUGCUGCCUGUUGGUGUUUAUAUAUAUAAAAAAGGGAGAAAUCAUGGGGAACGCAGGGAGCAUGGACCAACACAGCGACAUGAGGGGACACAACAUGCCCCUGAAACUCCCCAUGCCAGAGCCGGGGGAGCUGGAGGAGAGGUUCGCACACGUUUUGAACUCAAUGAAUCUCCCUCCAGACAAGGCUCGACUGCUGCGACAGUACGACAAUGAGAAGAAAUGGGAACUGGUCUGCGAUCAGGAGCGAUUCCAAGUAAAGAACCCGCCUCACACGUAUCUCCAAAAGCUGAGGAGCUAUCUAGACCCUGCAGUCACACGAAAGAAAUUCAGACGGAGGGUACAGGAGUCCACCCAAGUCCUGAGAGAACUGGAAAUUUCGUUGCGGACCAAUCAUAUAGGAUGGGUGAGGGAGUUUUUGAAUGAAGAGAACAAGGGUCUCGAUGUGCUGGUGGAGUACCUUUCUUUCGCACAGUAUGCCGUCACUUAUGAUGGUGACGGUAUUGAAAACGGCACAGAGGCUAUGAUGGAGAAGUCCAAAACAUGGAGUCGGUCUAUAGAAGACCUGCACGGGGGAGGUACCCUGCCACCCCACCUCAACGGGAACGGCAUCUCAAGAUCUGGGCGACAUUCCACAUUACGGAUGCCGGGUUCACUGAACUGUCCCAAGUGUUCUCAGAUGAGACGCUGCAGCACGCUGCCAAGCAGGAGAACGCUGAAAAACUCCAGACUCGUCUGCAAAAAGGACGACGUCCAUGUCUGCAUCAUGUGCCUACGUGCCAUCAUGAACUAUCAGUAUGGCUUCAAUAUGGUCAUGUCGCACCCACAUGCUGUGAAUGAAAUUGCACUAAGUCUGAAUAAUAAAAAUCCACGAACCAAAGCUCUGGUUUUGGAGCUCCUGGCAGCAGUUUGUCUUGUGAGAGGAGGCCAUGAAAUUAUUCUCUCUGCCUUCGACAACUUUAAGGAGGUUUGCAUGGAGACGCAGCGGUUUGAGAAGCUGAUGGAAUACUUCAAGAAUGAGGACAAUAACAUUGACUUCAUGGUUGCAUGUAUGCAGUUUAUCAACAUUGUUGUGCACUCGGUGGAGGACAUGAACUUUAGAGUUCACCUGCAGUAUGACUUCACCAAGCUGGGCUUGGACGACUACUUGGAUAAACUAAAGCACACAGAAAGCGAUAAGCUCCAGGUUCAGAUCCAGGCUUAUUUGGAUAACGUAUUUGAUGUAGGAGCGCUGUUGGAGGAUGCAGAGACCAAAAAUGCUGCCCUGGAGCGAGUGGAGGAGCUGGAGGAGAACAUUUCACAUAUGACGGAGAAGCUGCAGGACAUGGAAAAUGAAGCCAUGGCCAAGAUUGUGGAGCUGGAGAAGCAGCUGAUGACCAGAAACAAGGAGCUUGAAGCCAUCAAAGAAGUCUACAAAGAUACCACCUCACAGAUUCAUACGCUGAGGCAGACGCUGAAGGAGAAGGACGAGGCCAUCCAGCGACAGAGUAAACUGGAGAAGAAGAUCCAUGAGCUGGAGAAGCAGGGGACCAUCCGGAUCCAAAAGAAAGGAGACGGGGACAUCUCCAUCCUGCCUUCUUCUCCGCCUGGGAUGGAGGGUUUGCCGGGUGCAGUGUUGGGAGCAAACAGUACGGCUGCCGUUCAGAACCAUGCAGGAAGUCCAGCCGCUGCACCCCCACCACCUCCACCGCCUCCUCCACCACCUGUCCACGGGCAACUGCCAAAUGGGCCAUCGACAAAAACUCCAGCUGCCGCUGCCCCACCUCCCCCGCCGCCACCCCCACCUCCUCCACCUCCCCCCUUUGGGCUCCUUUCAGAGAUAUCUGCCCCAUUGCCUCCUCCACCUCCUCCUAUGGCCCCCCCUCUACCUGGAUGUGGGACUCCCACUGUGAUCAUGAACUCAGGGCUGGCAGAGGGACCCAUCAAGCUUUUCUCUGUUAAGAUCAAGAAACCUAUCAAGACAAAGUUCCGCAUGCCCGUCUUUAACUGGGUAGCCCUGAAACCAAACCAGAUCAAUGGGACCGUCUUCAACGAGAUUGAUGAUGAGAGGAUACUUGAGGACCUAAAUGUUGAUGAGUUUGAGGAGAUGUUUAAGACUAAAGCUCAGGGCCCACCCAUCGACCUCACCAUGAAUAAACAGAAGGUCACUCAUAAGGGGCCAAACAAGGUGACCCUGCUGGACUCCAACAGGGCGAAGAACCUGGCCAUCACUCUGAGGAAAGUGAGCAAGACAAACGAGGAGAUCUGCAAGGCCAUUCAGUUAUUCGACCUGCGGACUCUGCCGGUUGACUUUGUGGAGUGCCUGAUGCGCUUCCAACCAACCGAGAACGAGAUCAAAGUCCUGCGGCAGUUCGAGAAGGAGCGGAAGCCUCUGGAGAGCUUGACUGACGAGGACCGCUUCAUGAUGCAGUUCAGCAAGAUCGAGCGGCUCAUGCAGAAGAUGACCAUUAUGGCCUUCAUCGGAAACUUCAGCGAAAGCGUGCAGAUGCUCACGCCGCAACUGCAUGCUGUCAUCGCAGCGUCUGUGUCCAUCAAGUCAUCACAGAAGUUAAAGAAGAUUUUAGAGAUUAUUUUGGCACUUGGAAACUACAUGAACAGCAGCAAACGAGGAGCAGUGUACGGGUUCAAGCUGCAGAGUUUAGAUUUGCUGCUUGAUACCAAGUCUACAGACCGCAAAAUAACGUUGCUGCACUACAUUGCCAACGUGGUCAAAGAGAAAUACCCACAAGUGUCUCUCUUUCACAAUGAAUUGCACUAUGUUGAAAAAGCAGCUGCAGUGUCUCUAGAGAACGUCCUGCUGGACGUCAAGGAGCUGCAGAGAGGCAUGGAGCUGACCAGGAGAGAGUACAGCAUGCAUGGUCACAACACCAUGCUGAAGGACUUUAUCACACACAAUGAGGGGAAGCUGAAAAAGCUGCAGGAUGAUGCUAAGAUUGCACAGGAUGCCUUUGAUGAGGCUGUGAAAUUCUUCGGGGAGAACUCUAAAACAACUCCGCCGUCUGUUUUCUUCCCGGUGUUUGUGCGGUUUGUGAAGGCGUACAGGCAAGCAGAGGAGGACAACGAGCAGAAGAAGAGGCAGGAGCAGCUCAUGAUGGAGAAACUUCUAGAACAAGAGGCCAUGAUGGAGGAAGACCAGAAGUCUCCCUCCCAUAAAAGCAAGCGGCAACAACAAGAGCUCAUCCAGGAGCUUAGGAGGAAGCAGGUGAAGGACAGCCGUCACGUCUACGAGGGAAAAGACGGCGCCAUCGAGGACAUCAUCACGGUGCUGAAGACCGUGCCCUUUACCGCCCGCACAGCCAAGCGCGGCUCUCGGUUCUUCUGUGAGCCCGCUCUCAAUGAGGAGUACCAUUACUAAAGCUUGUAGAUCUCUGUCUCUUCUUAAAGAUUUGAGGAAUCAACCUUACAGACGAGCCGACGCCGUGCGGAGGAGCGUCAGGAGGCGCUUCGACGAUCAGAACCUGCGGCCGGUGAAUAACGGAGAAGUGGUCGUGUAACAAGCGAGGACAGAGGAUGUGCAGGAGAGGAUGGGAGGAGAGGAGCGUGGAAAGAUGGGUUGAAAGAAAGUCUGACGCAGAACGAAGGAUAUCGAGUGUUUGUAGCAAAUAAGAGGACUAUAUAUACCGUAAUGUCAAACAAUGAAGGACUGAGAUGUGUUUGGGACUGAAUCUAACAUAGAAAUCAAGUCAAGUGCCUGAACCUUUUUGUUUUGUGAUUUUUUUUUUCUUCUGUUUGAAUAUUUUAAUUAACCCCACUUAAAGCAAUAAGACUUGAGCUGACUUUAAUGUAAACGAGAUGUUAAACUGGACAUGCAGAGGCCUUAGGAGCCAUGUGAAAUAAUGUUACUCUGGAAAAGCUAGUCUGGAAUGUACGGGAAGUUUUCCCCCUUUUCGCUGUUUUUUUUUUUAAUUUUAUUUCAUUUUAUUUAAAUAACUUCUGACACAUUCCUGUGCUCUCAUUCAUUCCUCAAACCUUUUUUUUUUAUCAUCUCAUUCUUAUUUUUAAAAACCAGGGGUGAACUGGCAUGAAGAAAGUACCAAAACUAAAACUCUAUAUUUGUACUAAAAUAUGUGUAAAAAGAAAAAAUAGACCACUCUAAUGUGAACUGUAUUUAUUGCAGACAUUUCCAUACUUUUUUACAGUGUCCUGCUAAAGCAUUUAAACUGCUUCCAUUUUUUAACCCAGAACCCAUCUUUUACGUAUUUCAAUGGUAUGUUAUGCAAUAGUGGUGCAUCAUUGUGAACUGAAAUGACAGUGAAGCUGGGUUUAAAAGACCAAGAAAAAAAAAAAAAAUCAUAAAUCCUAAUGUGUGGCAGUCAUGUUACAGUUGCAAGACUUUUUAAUAAUCUUUUCGCAGGGUUUGAAAAAAAAGAAUAAAAAAAUCCCCCCACAGCAUGAUGCUGCCACCACUAUGUUUAGCAGGAGAGAUGGUCUGUUUAGUUUUCU